ACUGCGGCGCCGCGUACCUUGCGUUCACGGCGCAUGCUUGUGGAUUCAGUUCAUUCUAUUCAAGGAGAUUCAACCAUUGAGUUGACUCUGAAUCCUGUGGCUGGGGGCGUACGCACGAGCUUCGAGCGUCAUGACGAAGAGGAGAAAGAAGAGGCGAUGUCCAAGCGUGUGUCUGCGAGUGUGCACAGCAGUGUCGGGAGUGAUGUGGAAGAGGAGAAGAAAGAAGAGGCGCCUAAGGAUGUGGCGGUGUUGAAGACGGCCACUGAGCUAGAUGGUUCUGCUGCCAACUUACAUACAAGAGUCGAGGAGACGGAAGAGACGACGCCCCGGGAUGUGGCUACAGCCUCCUCGGUGGCGCCGCUGGAAGGUUCUGCUGCGAGCGUACAGACGACUACCGACGGUAAUGUAGGGGAGGUGGAUGAGGAGAAUGAAGAGUUGACGCCUAAGAAUGUGGAUACGGCGGCGGCGACGACGACGUCGGAAGCUGAGCUGCGAGUUCCUGCUGCAAUUGUGGAGGCAGAUGAACCGGUAGAAGUUGCGCCUAACAAUUUGACGGUGGCCUCCUUAGCGGCAACGGCGUCUGAACCGGAAACUUCUGCUGCGAGUGUACACAUGGCUACAGAGAGUCGUGUAGAGAUAGACAGGGAAGAACCGCCGAUGCCUAAGGAGUUAACUGCGGCCUCUUCGUCAGCGGCUGAGCUGCGAGUUUCUGGUAAGUGCUUCAUUGGGUUGCUGUAG